AUUCGCCGCUCCAUACAAUCGUUUUUCGUAUCCGCCAUUUUUGAGGUUGUCGCCAAGGCAUACAUGUAAAGAGGAUAGUUAAUUAAUUAAACAUUGUGCAACGACGCUUGAGGGGAUAAUUCUGCUGGCUUAUUAGUGAUAUAACAAUUUGGAACCGUAGGAAAAGAUGUCAUUUUAACAGUCCUCAGAACAUACGUGUGAUGCAAAGGGUUCUGAUAAACGUUGGAAUGUGAUUCUAGCUUCGUUGAAAAUUAUGGUAAAAGUUCAAGAAUAGGAUCAUGAAAACUGAUUAAGGUGUAUAAAUAGGUCAAAAAAGAACAGGAAAAACAUGAAAAGAGCCUCACAAGGGCCGCCAGACGACUCGGGAGACAUACCAACUACGAAUGCUGGUAAUUUAUUGAACAAAACAGAUGAUUCUCCACAAAUUCAAGUUAACCCAUCUGUAACCAUCAUUCAAAAUGUUAGAAGCAAGAAUACACAGAUUGGAAAUGAAAAUGUCAUGCAUGAUUAUGACAGACACUCACCAGCGCCUGAUUCUUCAGAAGAGUUACAAGGUGCUACAGUAAUUGAUUCGAACUCCAGUUAUCACAGACGCGCAAUGCAAUGGUCAGGCAAUUCGGAAAGACACACAGAAAAUGUCAUUCAACAGAAUAUUGAAGCAAAAACUGUUAGUAUUACAAUCAAGCAAAACGACUUGUUUGAUAAUGAAGGCUUUUCUAUGCCUAAUAAUGUUAAGAAAGUUCUCGAUUCAGCUGGUUGUUUUAGCGAUGGUCACUAUAUACUAAUUGUUGACAGAAUUACAGGUAUACAGAAUCUUGAAGUUUUUUCGCUUGUUGACUGGGUACUUGUUCUAGAUUUUGACCCUGAAAGUAGGUUGUCUGGUCUUUUGUCAUAUUGUGAGGAAUCAGUCUCAAAAAAGAGAUUUUUGCACAUUGUUAGCUGGCAAGAAGAAAAAUGUACUUUCACGGACAGUAGUCUUUACUGGGUUGGUAUGAAGGGUUGUUCAACUCAACCUGAGACAAGGACCUUAGAUGACUUUUUAGGUUGGAAACGUCAGAUCAAGUCAAAAUUCAGCCAACAGUUAAAACAACUUAAGAGAUUUGGAGAUGCUUACACAAAUCUCACGGUCGUUGUUUUGUGGCCACCUGAAUCUGUAAACUAUAAGCAUAUUCAUUAUGUUCUCAAUGAAAUCUCAGAUACGCUUGAUCCCAAAAAAGUUGUAAUAGUUAAAGAUGGCUCAAGAAAAACUAAGGAGGCGUCCUCAGCAUUGACUAUGUUAAAUGAUUUUAAUGUCGUACAGAUGAAGAUAUCAGAAAUUUGUAAAAUCAUAGAAAAUUUCUGUUCACCAUUGUCUAUGGAGAAGUCAUCAGGUUUUCAGCUUCCUACGGCUGAUAUGACACACCUUCCAGAAAUUGAUGACCAAAAAGCCCAGUGGUUAAAAGAAGAUUUAGAUGUUUUAUAUUUAGACAACAAAACAGGCACCGAGCAUGACACUGAAAGUUUACAAAGAGAAGAGGAGAGUUUUUUCAAAGGGGGUACUUUAUCAUGGUCUUGGUGGUACGCAGCUGUAGGGCGCGUUGAUAUUCAACGUGAUAUCACAAGGGCAUUGGUGAAUUACAUAAAAAGUAGACAUAUUGCUUUGUGUCGUUCAGGAAUAAUCACGCUAUUUCACAAUCCUGGAUCUGGUGGCACCACCUUGUCACAAAGAGUAGUUUGGACGUUGAAGGAAGAUGUGCCUUGUGUUCAGGUAAAACACAGGCACGGUUCAACCAUAAACGAAAUAGCUGACAAGAUAGACUUUCUCAGCAAUAAGACAAGGAUGCCUCUUUUAGCGCUUGUUGAUGGAGGCGACAGGCAAACAGUGAAAUCUCUUCAAAGAAUCCUUGAUGGACACUGCUGUGUCAUAAUCUUGUAUGUUGAAAGGUAUCAAUCAAAUAUUGAUUCUGACAAAAUAAACAACAUGAAACAAGGUGAGUUCUGGUUAAAAAGCGAAGUCAGUGCUAAAGAAGCUGAAAACCUGAAACGCUUGUACUCAAAAUUGGGGUUCAAUGACUAUCAACAAAGUAACAUUAAUUACUUGGUGAAACAAGUAAUAGAGGGUAAAGGUCGUUCCUGUUUUGAUUUUGGGUUUGCUAUCCACACCUACGAAUACCGAGGUAUAGAAUCAUGUGCAAAGGGUUAUUUGAACACCGAUAAUGAAAGCAAAAUGAAGAAAAUGUUGCAGCCGUGGCGAAAAGCACUUGCAUAUUUGUCUCUGGUAUAUAUUUACGGUCAGACAUCAUUACCAUGUUAGUUCUUGGCAUCUAUCAUAGAUCCCGAAAAUGCUCACAGAAUGACAACGUAUGGGGACUUUCCCGACGAAAUGAAAGAGCUUAUGGUACAAGAUGUACAGGAUCCCAGAACCAAUGCAGUAAGGGUGGCUCAUUAUAACAUUGCAAAAGAAAUACUUGAACAAGUUUUAGUAUGCCCUAUGCCGGCGGAACCACAUCAGGCGUCUUCCCUUAGCUUUGAAAGUAAGAAGAGAUUAGGAAAAAUUGCAGUGGAGUUCAUUAAAACAGCUGGAGAAAUUAACCAUGAAAAACAAUACACGGCUAUCUCUUACGUAUUGGCAAGAACUUUUAUUUUUAGAAAUAUUAAAGCUGUUGGGGAAAAUGAAACACAAGUGACAACAAGAAGUCAGAAAUUUUCCCAAAUUCUUGAGAAUGUUUGUUCCAAUCAUCCAUAUACGGAAAUAUUUGAUAUUUACCAAGCUUUGGUUGAUUCAUUUCCUUAUGAGGCACAAUUUCAUGCACAUCUAGGUAGAUUGUACACAAUUUGCCGACCGGAGGAAUUAGAUCGUGCAGAGAAAUGUUUCAAAAAGGCCUUACAGAUAAGUGAAGCAGAGUUACUUGGAAUGAAGGAGCAUGAUAUUCCAAAAAGCAAUAGAAUGGAUUUGAUGAAUAUUUACUGUAUGUAUGGGAAUAUGAUCCUGGAGAGAGUGUCAAAUUACACGGGAAAGUUUUUAGGAGACAAAGCUAAAAUGCAGUCUGACUCGUCCUUUGCUAAAAUAGCAGGGAAAUUACUGAAAGAUGUCAAAGAGGCAUGCACGCUUUUCUCAAAAUGCAGAGAUAUAACUCCCAUCGAAUGUGAGGAAAGUUUUGGUUAUAUCGGUGAAAUUCAAGUUCGUAUGAUGUUCUGUGAUUAUGUCCAUCGAAACAGUGGUUGCAAGGGAGGUGUAUGUCAGUACGCGGAUGAAAAUAAGGGUAAAAUAGCAAUAUUUGUCAAUGAAUGUAUUGUGAUCGUGGAUGAGCUUUUCCAAAUGUGUUUCAGUUCUGUUGAACCGGAAAAGAUUGACAGAAAUAUUUCAAACUGUCAAACAUGGUAUUCUGCUCUUUUUAAUUACAUUCCUGGCAACUGUGUACACAGACAAGAAGAUAAUGCAAUGUCUCGUCGCUUAGAAAUUGCAAAGGUAAAAAUGAAGUAUUGCCUUCCAGAGUCUUAUGGAAUACUUGAGCAUGUCGAUAACGUCCAUGAUGUAGAAUUCAUUGUUGGGGAACUUGAAAAGAAUUUCAGGGACUACGAAUCUUUUCAAAACAAUGUACCGGGGAUUCAUAUAUCAAAACGAGCAAUGGAUUUGGACUACAGAGAGUGGCUUUUUGCGAUCAGGCACGACCUUUUCGACUUGUAUUAUCCAAUUGAGAAAGUGCUACAACAGGUUCAGAUUUGGCAUGACCUGUUGCAUACACCUUAUUCUUGGUUUUAUCUCUUUGUAUUGAAGAGCUUGUUAGGGUUUGGAAACCAAGAAUGCAGUGGUGAUUCAGCCUUAUUAAGUGACGCCCUGAACUGUAAAGAUGAAAUGCUCAGGCUGUCGAAACAUGUAACAAAGCCACGAUAUCCUAGGGAAUGGCUUGGCAACCCAGUUAACAACAUUAGGCGCCUUGUCUCAGGUAAGAGAUUCUUCGGUCAAGUGGAAGGUAGAGAUAUCAGAGGAGUCGAUUUCGACACUCUUGAAAUCCAAAAAGGGACAAUAUGUGCACCAAAUGACAGACCAGCAGGUGGCUUUAUCAACAUAGAUUUGGGACCAAAUAAUCGUAUCCCUCUAAAAGUAUUUUUUGUCCCUGCUAGGUCAAAAGAUAACUUGAAAGGUCCGAGUUACAAAAAUGCACGAGUAGAGUUUGUAAUUGGGUUCAGUCUGUCUCAUGGUUACGAAGCUUAUAACGUCAGAUUGAUUGAACAUCAGAAGUGUUACAAAUGCAAACAGAAUGUUGAGAAAAGAUCAUGUGAUGCUCGAAUCGAAUGUCCUAGGUGUCAUAUUCAGAUCAGAUGUGAAGAAAUUAAUAAAUACAAGCUCCCGCGUAAUGGGUCAAACAAAACAUAAAGUCUUACUUGACUUGAUACCUUGAAAUUUUAGUGAGACAUUGUUUAACAUUUGACAAAAAAAGUUACGAGGAUCGAUGGAAAUUAAAGUAAGAAUAGGUACUGCAAAUGCUUAGAUUCUCGAUCAUAUUUUUAAUUACUUAUAUGGAAUGUAUUACGUCGGGUACAUUUUCAGUUAUUGUUUUACCUUUUUGUCAAAGUAAUAUGGGAACAGCCUGCGUCAGAGUAGGCAGCAAAUGAAUAAAUUUGAUAUAUAUGAUUCCUGACCAAAUUUCCACAACGAUUACCUCACUUUUAACUAGUUCCACGUACUUGAUAUGCUUUGGUUUUGUACUAAAGGGUGUAUGUAAAAAGAAUGGCAAAAGAUCAGAAGUAUUUUAAAAAGGUUGUAGUUCAAAUUCCAUAUGGAAAUUUACAUACGUUUGCUUAUUUGUAUAUUUUUGUAACAAAAUUUGCCUGGAGAUUCUGUGUAGCUCAAUUGAAGACAAUAUUGUCAAAGGAACACAUGCAUUUAUCAUAACAACACAUCCAUAGGUUCUAAACAAAGUACCCACCUAGGUUAUUUGUUUUCUGUCUUCGUCAGUAAAUAUGUGUGAUAAAAUUUCUGUCAGCAAAUUAGUUAUAAAGUAGACAAUUUUGUUUAUAACUUAGUUUUUGUUCUUAGAAUAUUAUCAUAUUUAUAUUUAGUAAGGCUUAGCUCUGUCAAGGACCUAGGUCAAGGAAAAUCGUGUUAACACUUUAGAGUCCACAGUUUAACUUUGAAACUCAUGAGACUUGGUCAGAAUGUUUGAUUUGAUGACUUCUAGGUUAAGUUUGAACCUGAGUCAUCAGGGGUCAAAAACUAGGUCACCCGGUCAAAUCAAAGGAAAGGCUUGGUAACUGUUUAGAGGCCACAUUUAUUACCCUAUCUUUAUGAAAACUGGGCAGAAUGAUUAUCUUGGUGAUUUUUGGGCCAUUUUUGAAACUUGGUCAUGUGGGGGUCAAAAACUAGGCCACUACGCCAGAUCAAAGAAGAAAAAUCUUGUUAACAUUCUAGAGAUCACAUUUUAAGUUUGAAUCUCAUGAGAAUUUGUCAGAAUGUUUGUCUUGAUGACCUCUAGAAUCUGAGUUAUAUGGGGUUUAAAACUAGGUCACCCGGUCAAAUCAAAGGAAAAACUUGUUAACACCCUAGAGGCCACUAUAUGAUCCUAUAUUCAUGAAAUUAGGUCAGAAUGCUUAUCUUGAUGAUUCCAAGGCCAAGUUUGAAUCUGGUAGAUUCAAACACUAGGUCACUCGCUCAAAUCAAAGCAAAAGCAUGUUAACACUCUAGAUGCCAGUUUUAUUACCCUAUCUUCAUGAAACUCAGUCAGAAUGUUUAUCUAGGCCAAGGUUGAAACUGGGUCAAAAACUAGGUCACCCACUCAAAUCAAAGGAACGCUUGUUAACAUUCUUGUGGCCACAUUUAUGACUCUAUCUUCAUGAAAGUUGAUCAGAAUGUUUAUCUUGAUGAUCCCUUGGUCAAGUUUGAAUCUGGGUCAAAACUGGGUCACCCGCUCAAAUCAAAGAAAUGAAGCCUGUUAACACUAGAGACUGUAGGCCCAAUUACUCAGGUGAGCGAUCCAGGUUCAUCAUGACCCUCUUAUUAAUGAUGCUUUAAGGAGUGAAUUGGCAUUUUUAGCUCACCUGAGCAUGAAGUGCUCAAAGGUGAGCUUUUGUGAUCGCCCUGUGUCCGUCGUCGUCGUCGUCCGUCAUCAGUCGUCCGUCGUCCGUUAACAAUUUGACUGUUAACACUCUAGAGGUGACAAUUUUGAGCCAGUCUUAAUGAAACUUAGUCAGAAUGUUACCCUCAAUAAAAUCUAUGACGAGUUCGAUAUUGGGUCAUUUGGGAACAAAAACUAGGUCACCAGGUCAAAUCAAAGGAAAAGCUUGUUAACACUCUAGAGGUCACAAUUUUGGCCCAACCUUAAAUAAACUUGGUCAGAAUGUUACCCUCCAUAAAAUCUUGGACGAGUUCGGCAUUGGGUCAUCUGGGAUCAAAAACAAGGUCACAUGGUCAAAUGAAAGGCAAAGCUUGUUAACACUCUAGAGGUCACAAUUUGGGCCCAAUCUUAAUGAAACUUUGUCAGAAUGUUACCCUCAAUAAAGUCUUCGACGAGUUUUAUAUUGGGUCAUCUUGGGUCAAAAACUAGGUCACCGGGUCAAAUUAAAAGCUUGUUAACACUGUAGAGGCAACAUUUAUGACUGUAUCUUCAUGAAACUUGGUCAGAAUGUUAAUCUUGAUGAUCUCAAGGUCCAGUUUGAAUCUGGGUCAUGUCGGGUCAAAAACUAGGUCACCAGGUCAAAUGAAAAAAAGCUAGUUUACACUUUAGAGGCCACAUUUAUGACCAUAUCUUAAUGAAACUUGGUCAGAAUGUUUAUCUUGAUGAUCUAUAGCUCAAGUUUAAAUCUGGGUCAGGGGGAGGGGUGUUCAAAAACUAGAUAACUAGGUUAAAUCAAAGGAAAAGCUUGUUAACACUCUAGAGGCCACAUUUAUGACUGUAUCACAUGAAACUUAGUCAGAAUGUUAAUCUUGAUGAUCUUUAGGUCAAGUUUGAACCUUGGUUAUGUCGGGUCAAAACCUAGAUCACCGGGUCAAAUCAAAGGAAAAGCAUGUUAACACUGUAUAGGCCACAUUUAUGACUGUAUCUUCAUGAAACUUGGUCAGAAAAUGGUAAUCUUGAUGAUCUCAAGGUCCAGUUUGAAUCUGGGUCAUAUAGGAUCAAAAACUAGGUCAGCAGGUCAAAUCAAAGGAAAAGCUAGUUUACACUGUAGAGGCCACAUUUAUGACCAUAUCUUAAUGAAACUUGGUCAGAAUGUUAAUCUUGAUGAUCUUUAGGUCAAUAGCUCAGGUGACCCUCUUGUUUUGCUUUUAUUUUGUUAAAAUUCAAUACUUUCGUCUAUCAGAUGCUUUUAAAACUUCAAAUAUAAAACCUUUACUGGAUGAAUUUGCAGGAUAAACAAUAAACAUUUGACAUGUAUUUAUAAUAACCAUUUUCUGAAAAGAACAGCCAGGCUAUAGAUUAAGUCAUGCUAUUUCUUGACCAUCAGCUUAGCGUUGGAAUUUUGGAAUUUCUGGAUUUUAUUGUUUUGAUGUAACUGAAAUUUUAUUUGUGAUUUUCACCAGGUAAAUAUAACUGAUUUUGACUGGCUGUCUUGGUCAAAGGGCCUGUUCAUUUGUAAAUUUAUAUUCAUAAUCAAUACAUUGUGGACCUAUCAACACAUGGAAUUAAAGAAUGGAGUAACCUGACUCGUUGGUAGAAAAAUAAAGAAGUUUAGUCUUUGAUGAGGGGUGCUUGGGGGUUGGGGUGGGUGGGGGGUGGCUAAGUAUGAAGUUCAUUUAAUACAUUUCUGUCUUUUUUCUCAGGACAGAAAUUCACAACUUAGUGAAGUAUUUGAAGAGAUUCAUUUCCUUUAUUUAUAAAGAAAAUUGCAUAAAAUCUGUUUCUUUGAAGGAUGGUCUAUAAAGAUUGCCACAGUUUUGUAAUAAAUUAACCCAGUCUUGAAUUAUAUUAUAACACUUUUAAUGCCAUGAGGAAAGAAUCGGAGACGUAAAGUAAUUGAUUUAUGUGUAACUCUGUUUUCUGAUAAUUUAGAGAAAAUUUGUGACAAGCUUUGGUACUUUAUGGGACUCCCAAACUACACACAAAAUUUUGGCUCGUUUUACGUUCUGAUGAGAAAGUUGAAUUUAACUCAAAAUAACAAUAGAGUUUUACAUAUUUUAUUAAUAUGUUAACAGAAUCCAGAUACAUAAAGGCUUCUUAAAAAUAGUACAAUGGUAUAACUUUAUCUUUUUCCUUCAUUUUGGUAUGCUUUAUAUCAUGCUUUUUCUUUGGAAAUUUAGAAUGAAAACCAUAUUCAAGCAAGACCCUCUCUCAUUCCUUAGUGUGUCCUUAACUGAAAACAUGACUGUAUCGCACUUAAAUAAUUUACGUUAAGCCUAUUCUGAAAAAAAUCUGUUAUCACAUAUAUAUUUGUUAUUAGCGAAGAAUGUUCUGUUUUUAGCUCACCAGAGCACAAAGUGCUCAAGGUGAGCUAUUGUGACCUGUCAUUGUCCGGCGUCCGUCGGUGUGCGUCGUGCGUCGUCAUUUUCCUUGUGAACACUAGAAGCCAUAUUUGUGACCCAAUCCUUAUGAAACUUGGUCAGAAUAUUAGUCUUGAUGAUCUCUAGGUCAAGUUCGAAACUGGGACAUGUGGGAUUAAAAACUAAGUCAGUAGGUCAGAUCAAAGGAAAAGCUUGUGAACACUCUAGAGACCACAUUUGUGACCCAAUCUUUAUGAAACUUGGUCAGAGUGUUAUUCGUGAUGAUCUCUAGGUCAUGAUCGAAAUUGGGUCAUGUUCGGUCAAAAACUAGGUCACCCGGUCAAAUCAAUGGAAAAGCUUGUGAACACUCUAGAGGCCACAGUUGUGAUCCAGUAUUUAUGAAACUUAGUCAGAAAGUUUGUCUUGAUGAUUUCUAGGUCAAGUUUGAAUCUUGGUUAUAUGGGGUCAAAACUAGGUCACCUGGUUAAAUCAAAGGAAAAGCUUGUGCUUUAGUGGCCACAGUUGAAACUCAGUCUUUAUGAAACUGGGUCAGAAUGUUUGUUUUAAUCAUUUCUAGGUCAAGUUUGUAUCUUGGUCAUGUGGGGUCAAAACUAGGUCACUAGGCCAGAUCAAAGGAAAAUCUUUUCAACACUCUAGAGACCACACUUUAAGUUUGAAACCCAUGAGAAUUAGUCAGAAUGUUUGUUUUGAUAAUCUAUAGGUCAAAUUCGAAUCUGGGUCAUGUGGGAUCAAAAACUAGGUCACCUUGUCAAAUCAAGGGUGAAGCUUGUGAACACUCUAGAAGCCACAGUUAUUACCAAAUCUUUAUGAAAUUUAGUCAGAAUGUUUGUCUUGAUGAUCUUUAGGUCCAGUUUGACUCGUGGUCAUGUGGGGUCAAAAACAAGGUCAGUAAGCCAGAUCAACUCUGGUGAGCGAUAUAUAGGGCCAUCAUGGCCCUCUUGUUAAAUUCAUUCGUUGUGUAUAUAUUAUAUUACAGAUAAUGCCAUGUAUUAAAUUUCACAUUUGUAUUGUUUGUGUCAAAGUAUUUUUGUUAUUUCGUACGUUUGAUGUAGCUUUGAACGUUUAUUCAAAUUUGA